AUGCCGGAAAACAAGCCGAGGUACGCCGACUACAGAAGUCCCAUCGUUCCUCGCAACUAUGUCUCGACUCUCGAGGCAAAAGUCGCUGCGUUGACUAAGGAAAUCGAAGAACUCCGAAGAACAGCACCUUCUAACGACGGUGCUUCCCUUCAAAGUAGUCCUGAAAAUGGCGAAGCCCAGCCGACGAGCCCGAAUGACUACCAAAACUGGAUGACCAGCAACCUGGGAAAAGUGGUCUGCGAGCCGUCGAACCAGCCUCACUUCUUCGGUGUCAGCAGCGGGAUCACACUCGCCAGACUUGUCAUGUCUGCGAUUCGGGUCGACAACCUGCCAUCACCAUUACCCGCCGAGAGUAACAGGUCAUCAUCACAAACCGUGCAGUACCCCUACUCCACGGCAACACAGGCGUCACUUCCUCCGAGGCAAGCAGCGGAACACCUCAUGGAUGUGUAUUUUCAGAAUCGAACGCCGAGCUUUCCUAUCAUCGACCGGGCACAGGCACUUAAGGCUUUUGAUGGCGCUUACAUCGCAGCGAAUAGCCAAAGGCAGCCCAAGAGGGAGGCAUCCAUGAAUGUCUUCACCACUUUCAUGAUCUUGGCCAUUGCCCUGUGCAGCGUCCGCCACCCGUCAGGGGGUCGCCCGCCUGAAAGCGAAAAUUGCUUUCUCGCCGCCAUAGGAGAAGUCGAGAAGAUCUUAGUGUACUCGGGAAGUGCCACAGAAUCUCUGAGAGCGAUUCUUCUGCUAUCACAGUACAUAGCUCUGCGUCCUUCGAAGGGCAGCUUAUGGCUCCUCAGCGGAACUGCGCUCCGCCUGGCUGUUGACCUAGGCAUGCACUGGGAAACGGAGGAAAGCAAAUUACGCAUGGAUCCCAUCGAGCUCAAUGAUCGGCGCCGUCUGUGGUACUCUGCGUAUCUUUUCGACAGGCUCCUGUGUAUCACUCUCGGACGGCCUUUCGGAAUGGCGGACCAGGGCAUCAAUGUUGGACUCCCGAGCCCUGCACCUACUGGUUCUGACAAUGCCGCAGUCACAACAGGCCAUGACGAUCAUGCUUUGGAGGCCCAUAAUAGCCUGAUACGGCUUGCUCAGCUUCAGUCCGAGAUCAAGCAUGUGCUGUACAGCCAGUUCCUGGGUUCUCCGCUGGCCUACCCGAGGACGGACUACGCACUUUGGAUCGUCGAUGUCCGCGGUCGCUUGCAAUUAUGGUACAACGCCAUACCGCCGCUCAGAGAAGCGCACCCAUCAUCAAUCUUCAGUAGCCAGGCAUACUGGGAUGCCAUCUAUCACGACACCCUCCUUCUCCUUUACCGUCCCAAUCCCGUACAACCACAGCCAUCCUUCGAAGCUCUCCAAGCCUCGUUCGAUUCUUCCCGUCAGCUGAUAGCCUGUAUCAAGACUUUACACCGCGAGCGGCGUAUCGACAUCAUGUGGAAGUGGGUACAUCACCUCUUCAUCGCCGGUCUGACGACGAUAUACUGUCUAUGGCACUCUCAAGAACUGCGAGAGAACAGCGACGUCAAAGAAAGCGUUGCUACGCUCCAAAGUUGCGGUGCUACCCUUUCGGCACUUGCAGAGAGAUGGGAUGGCGCGGCAGGCUGCCGGGACGCCUUCGAGGCGCUCUCUGCUGCCACGGUUAGCUGGCUUAUCACCACCAACGUCGAGGAGGUCCAGAGAAGCUGUUUGCAGUUUGAGAAGCAAGUUGAAAGCUUGCAGCACCAGCUGCCGCCGGCUUUUGUGCAGGACGGGUUUGAGGGAGACCCGUUGGCGAUCUUGUCGUCUGGAAGUUUUGGGUUCGGGGAGACGUUGAGUUCUGCCGCCGAGUGGCCAACUGGUCAAGAUGGGAACUUUGAUAGCUUGGACUAUGGCGGCGUCUGGGCUUCUGGGGACUGCUAA